GGAGCCCACGGACGCCUCUUUCUUUGUUGUGCAGCAAAGGGAAGACACACACCCCCUCCAAAACACAACCCAUCGUGUACUCGUGUACUCGGAGCAGCAGUCAGCAGUCUUCAGGUGUCUGUCUGAGAGGGAGAAACAAGGAGUAGAAGGUUCUCACCGGGUUCCAUUGAAAUACGGAUACCCAGUGACGAAAUCCCCAAGCAGCCGGCGGAGGCUCCCGAUGAGGUCACACGCAGCCUGGCAGGUCCCUUCUCUCUACACUACUUACUACUACUGUGUGUCCUGUCUGUGAUCCACCCCGAUCUGAUUCGAUUCCAUUCGCCGCGCCAGACGAGACCCAGCUUGGUUUUCGAUUUUGAACCUUGGCCGUCCAGCCGGGGCGGAGCAUACGACGCCGUCCACCCAGCGACAAAGGGUCAAAAGACCCUCUCUCCCACGCCGCACGCGACAUCUUACCACGCUCCACCCCGCCCGCUGUUCCCACCUGCGAGUGGCAGCAAGAAACAUCUGCACGGCCUGGUACUGUGUGGCCUGUCGGAAAGCUUAUCAUUGGGAGGCCAAGCGCGAGGCACAGAGGCCUUGUUGACCUUGUUGAACUUGAUAUAUGAUCCUGCCUGCCCUCGGCCCUCGCUCUGUCCCAGGCCAACACACAAGACAACGAAACGCGAACUGGCCACCGAACAGGGCCCAAAAACAGACUCGGCAGCCAAUCCCGACCGACCGGUUUGCCUUUGACUGGCCCGGCCCUGCAUCCUGACAACGUUCUCGUUACGUACUCUUACGUACAAGCAAUGAGACCCUGAACCAAAACCCUUCCAGCCCACCGCUCGACUCUGCAAAUAAGCAUCAUAGCCCUACCCUGCCCGGCAUUUCCUGGGUCCAGUCUGGCUAAAUCAAAACCUUCCAGUUGGCUUCUCGACCACGCCCAGGCCCACUGCAUUACCACACGCCUGCACGCCUGCACGCCUGCACGCCUGCACGCUCAGGAGCCGGCCCAAACCCGUCGCAGGGCCCCCUGCCACGUUCUCAUUACUCACAGUCGUACCGGACAUGUCCACGGCUGCACCACGUCUGCAUACCUGCACUCUCCCUAGGCCAAGCCUUGUCAGGCCCAGACUAGCACAUACAGCAAGAUGAUGUCGCCCAGGUCCCUCCUUUUUUCCAGGCCGAACCAAAAUCCCCGUGCCCCCGUCUCCAGCCCGACUUCUGUUUCUCCUGGCUACCUUCACUUCUUCUCACCCCUCGACAGCCCACCUUCCACCCCUCCGCCAGACGGCAAGUAUGGUCGAGAUUUCACCUUUCCUUACGGGCCCCGCACUUCAACAGCAAGCGUUACUACCACGAAAAUGGCUGUGACAUCGCGACGGCCUGUCAAAUCAAGUCACGCGACUCCAACCCCGAGUCCCCCGAGAUCCGCGACCACGACUUGCUCGAGGCCGACCACUCCCACAAGCCCGGUGCAGAUCCCCACCAGGUCCAAAAGGGAUGCUGUCAACCCGCCAAAACAACGCAGCCACCGCUAUCAUGAGCAACGACGGCAGCGUUCUAGCUCCCCCCGGUGGGGCGAGGUGCAGUCUCCCGAUGCGAUCCCCCCCUCGGUGGCUGCACUCCUGGCGGUCACCGCUAUCCCCCCGCCCAGAACCCAGCGCGCUCAACGGCAGCGUGUGGCCAAGGACAAGGAGAAGCGCAUGACUGUUGAAUCGAUACUGGAGCAGAGCCAGGAAUCCGAGAAGGAGCUGAGUCUGAACUUUAUCAAGGGGCCGCUGGAUGUCCUGUUGAGCCCGCCCGAAGAGUUGGAGGACGACGACCUGUCCAUCGGGGAGAGCACCAUCGCAUCCCCGCUCUCGACAAGGACCGUCUCCUACGAGUCUGUGCAGUCGAUGCCAUCAUUGACCGAUUCCUUCUCGACCGACACGUUGUCCUCGGUUGGCACACCCUCGAGUCCGAUGAGGGGUCGGAGAAUGCAGCCCACGAGGAGGUCGCUGACGCCCGUGUCUUCGCCGCCUGGAAAGAGAGAGGAGCACCCGUUAUCAGUUGAUGAGGAGACAGAAGAGCUCGACUUCAGCGUGUUCGAUGCGUCCCCGGAGACAGAGGAGAAGAAGGGGGGCAUGAGGCUCGCCUUGCGGCCCCUCAGGUCCGCCUUCAAAUCCAACCUGACCUCGAGCCUACGCGCCCUACGGAACGCUGCGCGCUCAUUCUCGAACAUGAACAUGCCAUCGAUCCCGCCCGAGGACUUCCUCACACGCUCGAUACUGACCAUGGAGCCCAAUGUGCCCUUCACGGACGAGCGCAUGCCACCAACCCUGGACGAAGAACCAUCCGCGGCUGUGCGGAGAUAUCUGAACCCGACGCAGACUUCCCGGCUGGAAUCGCAAGCAUCGUCAUCGUCGCAAAAUUCACGCAGCACCUUUACCGCCUCGAUCCAGAUGCAGACGUACAAGGUACACCGGUCGAGGAGUGCGCCAGCAGGCUCCCGGGGUCAAAAUGCGGUGCCCCGUUCCUCAAAUGGGGACCAGUCAACGCGAGGCAAAGAAGCGGGUUUCUCCUUCUCCCCUGGUCCAAGACAGCGUGAAAUGCGGGAAAAUUCCGACUUUAUCCGCAUUGCCGUUAUGGAAAUGGCCAUGCGCAGGAGCGGCAAGUUGGACGAGCAACGGCCCGGUCGAGCCCGGUGGGCACUCCCUCCCAGGAAGACGAGCACGAAGCCCUAUGAGACUGGCGCCGACGGCGUUCCGACACGAUGGGUCUCGGUGACGUAUUGAUACGCUCAUUGAAGAACAGCGACGCAUAUUUACCGCGCGUGCCUGUCGUCGGCCACGAAUCUCACGGCCCGGCCACCAGAGCGAGCGUGGGGUUGGCAUUGCGUCUCCGGCGUGUCGCUCCCAGAAACAUCAUCCCGUGCGGCUUAUCAGCGUUGAUCCGAUCGGCCAGAAGCACAUCUCUUGACUCAGCCGAAAGUGUCGGGCGAAUGCAGGGCGGCCUUGUUAUCUGCAAGGCUGCCAGAGCAGACGUUCUGACCAGCCGAUAUCGCGGGACGCACAUCAAGGUUUCGGAAACCACGACUCAUGCCACAGCAACAUCAUCAUGCAGGACAUGCAAGGAUUACAGAUCCUGUGGUCCACAAGUGACGCUGUCUCCACACCGUUAGGUCGAAUGCAGGUCCUGUGGAACCUGGGGUUCUGGACCCUUGCGAGAUCUGGUUAUGCACUAGCCGCAGCAGAACACCAGGAACAAAAUUUUUCUCUUUCUCGCUUCGGUCACCGCUCACUCGAGACCGCGACGACAGCUGGACUUUGAUGAACCGCAACGGUCGAUUCGCCCCACCUCAUAAUCUGCUGGAGCACGCACCGCCGCCGAGGAUUGAUCGGCUGCGAGGCCCCAACAGCGGGGCACUUUAAUCGGAUCAUGAGACCUACGGCCGCUGACCAUUCCAAGAUUUGGAUUGGGACACCGAGGCCGGGGCAUUGCCAAAUACAUCACUAUCGACGUCGAUCAGAAGGACGACCGUGAAUGGAACAAGGCACAAAAAAAAAACCUAUCAGCCCAACACCAUGCCUAUGUGGCCGAUACGAUUACAGGUCCGCCGACUACACCGAUAAGAGAGACCAGCUAAACUCAUGCCCACCUGUUUCUUGCAGGCUCUCCCGAAACAUAUACCCUCAGCACACAUCACGGGAAACGCAGGCUGAGAGCAGCAAUGCGACCGGGCAUUGAAGACUGCUUGUAUUGGAGUUGGUGAAAGACGAAGACACCUUGCUCGCGCAGCUUCAGAGGCGUUGAAUUACUUGAUUUUAUUUUUCUUUCUUCUUCGAAUCAGGGCCGGCUCUUUUCGUCGAUUUGGAGUCGGACAUAGUAAGAGGUUUUUGAAUUACGUGCGUUCAUUUUUCGUUUGCAUGAGCAUGGCGCAGAUCGGUUGUUUCCUGGAUAGAGCUCCGACUUAUGACAAAGUGCAUUGAUGGGUGUCUGGUUUGCCAAGUUUGGACAACUUUCUGCUUCUUGUCUCAUUUCACCGGAGUACACGUUUUGGGAACAGACCUGAACAUGUGGACCGAUUUAGAGAGGGUAUGGUACAGCGUGUACAACAUGUAUUAUGGAUACCUAUAGCACUUGCUACUCGAAGCCAAGCUAUACGAUAUACUAUAACGAGACCAUGUGCUUGACAAUUCAGUGACAACAAAACAACAAAAUUGGUGGAGGACGAGCGUGAACUUUGGCCUCGGUACGCUCAUGCACACAGGCGCCUGCACAGUAACGGACGAUGGCCGGGCCGCGCCGCCUUUGAUUUGAUCCGCGGACAUAGUCCUGUUGCGCUGACUCGAUGCUAGACCCUGCAGAAGCUCUCUGAUGCCAUCCUGGUAGAAAGCUUCUACCACAGUAGCCACGAGGAGAAUUUUGGACCCCACCUGGGCGUGCAACGAUAGGCGAAAGCAAAGCGAAAAACUCUUAUCCUUUCAACUUUUUUUCCCUUAGGCAUGCUGACAUGUGUCAGUGGCGAGACAUGACAGGCUACGCCUGCGUGCCUGAUCCCGCACUGGUCCCUUGGUACAUACAAAGUUGGCACGAGAAAAGAUCGCAAAAAGUCUCGGUGUGGCUGUGGCCACGGCAUACUCCGGGAUAGGGCUAGCUGGCGAUUCGCGCAUCUGUGCUGUUGAAAUGGGG